GACCAAGCUUGUGCCGGGGACGGGCAAGGCGGUGCCCGGGAUGGGCAAGGCGAAGCCCGAGACAACAAAGCCUCCGCUGGGGGUGGCCGUGCCCACGCCGGGGUUGGUCGCGCCUGCGCCGGGGGUGGCCCCGCCCACUCCGGAGAUGGCCACGACCGUUCCUGGGAUGGCCAAGCAGAUGCCCGAGAAGACGCGAGGGUUAAUGAAACUGUGGAAGGAAGGUCCCCAGGUCAUGGAGCUGCUCCAGCGGGUCGUGGAAGACGUGAAAGUCUUGAAGGAAGACCAUGCAAGGGCGCAGGAGUUGCCAGAGUUCAACCCGAUGAAAUUCCUGCAACGGGUUGAGGAAGUAGAGAAGACAGUCAAAAACUGGGAGGAACGCCUGGAACCCCUCUGUCGGAAGAUGACUGUGAUGACUCCUGGAGAAGAACUCACCAUGGUCACCUGGGAGGAGCUGGAGCAGGCGAUUACUGAUGGCUGGAAGGCUUCACAGGGCAUAGAGUCUACGCCAGCAACUCUUAAGCACAAAGGGAAACCGCCUGCAGCACCACGUGACGUGGGUCCAAGUGCACCCUCCACCGUGUACCCAGGUGCUGACCGGGCUCUGGAUUCCGCUGGUGGUUUGGGCCCAGAUCAGACCUUGCCGGGACCUGGCGGAUCCAGACACCCCUCCGAAGGGGAACAAAAACUGCCCUCUGCACCUGGGUUUCCUGAUAGGGGCCGUGAUGAAGCCGGGCUGGCAAAGCCCCAUCCCCUCCCUGGGCCCCAGUUCAGAACUGAAGCCGAUCAGCACAGGCCCGGAGAGUGGCCCAGCACAGCAGGUCCGAGAAGAGAUGAACGAGAUGCACACCCUGGCCCCGUCCCGCAGGACUUACCCCUAGACCAGCAUCCUCUCAUGCACCCUGAUGCUCGUGGCGGGAUGACCCCCAGCCCAGGCCAAGUCAUGGACGCCAGGCCAGACCAACUAGGGCCAGGGCCACCUGGCCUGGAUCAGCUUGAGGUUCAACCUCCUAGCGCUUACCCAUAUGGCCUCCCCUUCAGGCCGGGCCUGAUGCCACCUGGAACGGAGGAACAGGGACCGGUACCACCUGGCAUGGGUCAGCAGAAUGUGAUGCCACCGUGGGUACCUGCCAGAGAUCAGCAAGGAUGGGGACUCCCUGGUCCCGCACAGCCUGGUAUGGUUCCGCCUGGCGCACAGCAGUAUGGGGUGAGAUUUCGUGGCCCGGACCAACGUGCCAUGGAGCGGCCUGCGAUGGACGGGAGUGGUGUGGGACCCAUUGGCACAGAUGAGCACGGAUUGCCAAUAUUUGGCAUGGAUCAACAAGGAUUGGUUCCACCUUUAAGAGAUCAGCAAGGUUUUGUACAGCCCGGUUUGGAAACGCCUGGCUUCAUACAACCAGGCGCACUGCAGUACGGUGUGCUCCCACCUGGUGCAGGUCAGCCUGGCUUGGUCUCACCUGGAAUGGACCAGCGUGGUUUUGUCCCACCUGGUGCAGGCCAGCCUGGUUUUGUCCCACCUGGUGCAGGCCAGCCUGGUUUUGUCCCACCUGGUGCAGGCCAGCCUGGUUUUGUCCCACCUGGUGCAGGUCAGCCUGGUUUUGUCCCACCUGGUGCAGGUCAGCCUGGUUUUGUCCCACCUGGUGCAGGCCAGCCUGGUUUUGUCCCACCUGGUGCAGGCCAGCCUGGUUUUGUCCCACCUGGUGCAGGCCAGCCUGGGUUUAUCCCACCUGGUGCAGGCCAGCCUGGUUUUGUCCCACCUGGUGCAGGCCAGCCUGGGUUUAUCCCACCUGGUGCAGGCCAGCCUGGUUUUGUCCCACCUGGUGCAGGUCAGCCUGGUUUUGUCCCACCUGGUGCAGGCCAGCCUGGGUUUAUCCCACCUGGAGUUGAUCAACAUGGUUUGGUACAGGCUGGUCAAUAUCCACCUGGUUUUGUACAGCCAGGUGCAUAUCCAUAUAGUUUGGCUCAACCUGGCGUCUAUCCACAUGGUUUCGUGCAGCCUGGUGUGGCAGGUCAACCUGGUUUGGUCCCACCUGGUGCAGGUCAACCUGGUUUGGUCCCACCUGGUAUAGGUCAACCUGGUUUGGUCCCACCUGGUGCAGGUCAACCUGGUUUAGUCCCACCUGGUGUAGGUCAACCUGGUUUGGUCCCACCUGGUGCAGGUCAACCUGGUUUACUCCAACCGGGUACAAGUCAGCCUGAUUUAGUCCAACCUGGAAUGGAUCAGCGUGGUUCAGUCCAACCUGGUGCAGGUCAGCCUGGUUUGGUCCAACCUGGAAUGGAUCAGCGUGGUUCAGUCCAACCUGGUGCAGGUCAGCCUGGUUUGGUCCAACCUGGAGUUGAUCAGCAUGAUUUGGCACAGCCGGGUGCGUAUCCACCUGGUUCCAUGCAGCCUGAUAUCGAUCAGCAGGGUUUAGUGGAACCAGUAACAGAUCAGCUUGGUGCUGAUCACCAAGGCUUGGUACCAUCAGGCGCGGAGCCUCAUGGCUCUCCACGCCCAGAUCAGCAUGGCCUGGCACCUCCUGGCAGAGAUCAACAUGGUCAGGUGUCACCACGCCUAUCCAGGCAAGGUUGGGUGUCGCCUAGUAUGGACCAGGAGGGUUUGGUACCAACAGACCCUUCUCAGCGAGGCAUAGACCAGGGUGGUGCGAUGCCAUUCACGUAUCCUGGCCCUUACAGCCCAAGGUACUCGGGUGUCGAUCCAGGCCAACGUAGUGGGUAUACUCAGCCUCCCCCAAGUCCAAAUGUCCCCUCGGCUCAGAGUACGGACUCCCUUGGCAAAUCCAGGCAAGUCUCACAAGAACCGAGUUCUAUGGAGUCUAAGAAACUCGAUUCCCUGGAGAAAGUGGCUUCUAGCUUCCCCAGCGCAGUGGAGACAUUCCGCCUGAUGGGAGAGCUCAUCGGCCUCUACACAGAGCUCAAGGAGAGCCUGAGGACCCUGGAUGCGCAGAAAGCUGGCGAAACCGACUUGGAGAAGAUCCAGUACCUGCUUGCGAUGAUGGUCCAAAAGACCAUCCCACCAGACCUGCAGGAGCAGCUGAAGGCCCUCAAGACCCUGACCAAAGAGGUUCGGCAGGAAAAAGCAAAAUUGGACAAGAUACAGAGGUUACUGGAGGGCGGAGGGCUGCCAGAAGUGGGGAAGGAGGUGGCAGCUGGCCCGCUGAGCUUUCAGCUGGGUCUCCUCAGAGUCAGCGUGAACGACAUCGAGAAGGAGCUGUCCGACCUGAGGGAGAGCCAGGAGCAGGGCAAGGUCAACAUGGAGCACUCGGUCUCUGAGGCCUCCCUUUACCUGCAGAACCAGUUGGACAAGCUCAGGACGAUCAUCGAGAACAUGCUGGCUUCGUCGUCCACGCUGCUGACCAUGAGCAUGGCCCCGCGGAAGCCCCCAGUCACCUUGAUACCUGGCCAGAUUGACCCCAAGGCCACCUGCCCGGCCUGCAGCCUGGACCUGAGCCACCAGGUCAGCACGCUGGUGCAGCGCUACGAGCAGCUCCAGCACAUGGUCACCAGCCUGGCUGCCUCGCGGCCGUCCAAGAAAGCCAAGCUCCAGAGACAGGACGAGGAGCUGCUGGGCCACGUGCAGAGCGCCAUCCUGCAGGUGCAGGGCGACUGCGAGAAGCUCAACCUCAUCACCGGCAACCUCAUCGAGGACCACCGGCAGAAGCAGAGGGACAUCGACGUGUUGUACCAGGGUCUGGAGAAGCUGGAGAAGGAAAAGGUCAACAGGGGGCACCUGGAGAUGGAGAUUGAAGUGAAGGCCGACAAGAGUGCUCUGGAGGCCAAAGUGAGCCGCAUGCAGUUUGAUGCCACCACGGAGCAGCUGAACCACAUGAUGCAGGAGCUGGUGGCCAAGAUGAGCGGGCAGGAGCGGGACUGGCAGAAGAUGCUGGACCGGCUCCUGACCGAGAUGGACAGCAAGCUGGACCGCCUGGAGCUGGACCCCGUGAAGCAGCUGCUGGAGGAUCGGUGGAAGUCCUUGCGGCAGCAGCUCAAGGAGCGCUCCCCGCUCUACCAGGCGGACGAGGCGGCCGGCAUGCGGCGGCAGCUCCUGGCACAUUUCCACUGCCUGUCCUGUGACCGUCCCCUGGAGACAGCCGUGACCGGACAGGUCCUCCCCACCACGCCCGUGGGGCCCAGCCUGCCCGGGCACCGCUCCACCCGCCCCUACACCGUCUUUGAGCUGGAGCAGGUCCGGCAGCAGAGCCGCAACCUCAAGCUGGGCAACCUCGCCUUCCCGCGGGCCGACCUGGCGUCGAUGGAGCGGAGCGUGGGGCGCCUGCGCACCAUGCACUCCAAGAUGCUGAUGGACAUCGAGAAGGUGCAGUUCCACUACGGGGGCUCGGUCAAGGCCAGCAGCCAGAUGAUCCACGAACUGCUGCAGGCCCAGUGCCUGGGCUCCCCCUGCUGCAAGCGGGUGUCGGAGAUGACGGACUACAGCUUCGCCACGGUGUCGCGGCACUGCGGGGGCAGCCACACCCUCACCUACCCCUACCGCCGCACCCGCCUGCAGCACCUGCCGCAGGGACUGCUCCCCGAGGACAGCCAGGUCGCCGGGAAGCACCACGAAGUGGACAUCUUGGGCCUGGAUGGACAUAUUUACAAGGGACGGAUGGACAUGAGGCUGCCAGGCAUCCCGAACAAAGACAGCGCCGGGAACAACAAGCACAAGAUGAAGCCAUCCCGGUCCCACGCGCACCGGUCGCCGGCCCUCGGCGACAGCAGCCCGCUGCCCUUGCGGCCUCAGAGCGCCAACAUGAUGGUUGGCGGCACUUCAGGUAGCUGCCCUCUGGGCGGAGCCCUCCCGCCAGGCCCUCACCUGCGAAUGGCUGGGAGAUGCCCGGUUUCCCCGGGAGAGGCAGGGCCGGGAGCUGAGGGCGGGGCCUGGAGGAGAAGAGAAAACGCAUGGCCACUGAGUGCGGGGUGGACUCGUCUGCGGGGCAGAGGCUAUGAAAGGCCCCAUUUCAGAGGAAACGGACAGGGUCGCAGCCCAAGACUCUGGCUCCAGGCCCCAGUCCGCCCCUGCCCACGCGUGCUCACAGGCUGUGUGGCGGCCCUUGCGCCCAGGGCAUGACACGGCCCCAAGGACCCUUCCGUCUGCUCCUGCCUGCGAGGCCUCCUGGCCCCCAGCUCGGAAGGUUUGCUGGAAAUCUCCGCUGUCCGCGUGUGGGGCUCAGUCCUGCCCGGAAAGCAGGGGGCUCAGGGCCUCCCAAGUGAGGCCAGACUCGGGGCCAGGAAGGGCGCCGGCCCGGAGCCCGGAGCCGGUCGCUUUCCAGCACCUCUCGGCCUGUUUCCCCGUCAGUGACGGGCACUGCCGCUGGGUGGGGCCCCAGGGAACCCAAGGAGAGGCGUGCCCCCCGCCCCCGAGGUUUCGGACCCACGGCACUUGCAGAAGCUGGAGGUCAGGGCCCCAGGCCUGUGCGCUGCGACGCCUCUGCAGGCCCAGCUCCGGGCGCGGCGGGAGGAAGCGAAGCAGCUGACGGUGGUCAGGGCACCUGCCUGCACUGAGGGCUGCUCAGCUCACGGGCCCGCCCGGUGGGGCUUUACACGUGGGAACAAUUGAGUCCUCGGGCCCGCGUUAGGGGAGGGCCCUGCUAGCCUCACCUACACUGAGGCCCCAGGCCCGAGGCCCCCCUAGGAAGCAGCAGCGCUGGGGGCCCAGCCCAGGCUCCGGAGGCCCAGGUACGAGGCUGCGAGAGGGGGCUCAGAGGUGGACAGAGCGCGGUUUGUGGCAGUUUUCUUGGGGGUACUGCACUCCCUUCUCCCUGGCACCCCACUGUCUACAGCAAGGGCACUCGAAAUGUCAUGGGAGCAGGAGGGAGGGAGGGGCGUCCUCAGACAUCCCUGCUCAUGUGUGAUUAUGGCCUAAGCAGCCCGUUCACCAGGAAACGUGACCGAAGCGGGGCUCUCAGCCUGGUGGGGGCGGGUGUGGUUUCCACUCGGCGAUGAUAAAGGAGCUUUGCUUCGGGGCUCCCGUGCGGACUGCCCAGGGCAGGGCCCUCCAGCACUUGUCCCCUGUGCAGCAGGGGCUGCGGGGCCGCGAGGCCGCAGGGAGCGAGGCAGAGCCCUCAGCCCCUCCUGUCUUGCAGCUACUUCUCGGCAACACACAGACCGACCGGUCUCCUCGCAGGGGCGCCUCUCCCAGCCGAAUGCGGGCCACCCGCCCAGCCCCAGCGGGAUGGCGAUGCACAUGGACA